AUGUGUCAAAUUGUGGGACGCCAACGGAGAGGAUUUCUGAAUUUGUGGAUUCAUGUUUUAAGUGAUGCUUCGAAUUUUCUUAGGAGAUUGGAUGAGUUAGAGCAUAUACCUGAGGCCGGUGAGGGAGAUAUUUUUGGUACAAUAGAUGUAGUUGGACUCUAUCCACAUAUACCUCACAAAGACGGCUUGGAUAGCAUGAAAAACGUUUUGAGCGAAUUUAAGGAGAAGGUCAAUGUUAUUGAGUGGUAUGUGGAUGGGGUUGAUCUGAUUGAAUUGGCUACUUUGAUUUUGGAAAAUAAUUAUUUCAAGAUUGACGGAUAG